AUGGGUGCGUUAAUAUUCUGUUUGUUGCUUGGGCUUUCUUUUAUCAAGUUACUAUCUCUAUAUCCGCAAGAAAUAAUGUCAGAAAGUAUUAACUCACUGAAUGCUGCUCUCGACCGAGAGGAUAGUGCAAACUCUAAAGCUGCCUUAGAGAAGUCUGAAGAUGACGUUCCUGAAAAUAUGGAUAACAUGGAGCUUCCACCGGCAUUUUCAAAGCAAUACAUACCGUUGUAUUGUAUGUGUCUUGUUGUGUACUUUGUCUCUACUAUGCAGGGAUACGAUGGUUCCCUAAUGGGUUCCAUUUAUACCAUGAAGGAUUAUUUGGCCUACUACAACUUAGAUGUUAAUUCUUCUACAAGUACUGGUCUAGUCUUUUCUAUUUAUAAUGUUGGUCAAAUUACAGGUGCAUUCUUUGUUUGGAUAAUGGACUGGAAAGGACGUAAGAUUGCCAUUAUGAUUGGUUGUUUCGGUGCUAUUGUUGGCGCCAUUAUUACUGCUGCGACCACAAAUAAAGAAGGUCUAAUUGGAGGUAGAUGGUUUUUGUCGUUCUUUACUACCAUCGCCAAUACUGCUGCUCCAAGUUACUGUGUCGAAGUGUCUCCACCACAUAUCAGAGGUAAAGUUGCUGGUUUGUACAAUACAUUGUGGUAUUGUGGUUCUAUUCUUGCCGCUUUUACCACCUAUGGUACCAAUAAGAAUUUUGCUGGUUCUUCUUUGUCUUUUAAAAUUCCAUUAUAUGUUCAAGUCUGUUUUCCUGGCUUAGUUGUCUUGUUUGGAUGGUUUUUGCCUGAAUCUCCAAGAUGGUUGGUGGGUGUUGGCCGUUACGAUGAAGCUCGUAAGUUUCUUGUGAAAUAUCAUUGUAAUGGUGAUGACAGCAAUCCAUUGGUGGAUCUUGAAAUGGCUGAAAUGGAGGAAUCUUUCAAGGACGUGAAAAUAUCCGAUCCUCUUACUGCCAUGGAUAUUAGACCAUUGUUUAAAAAUAGAUCUGAUCGCUAUAGAUUGGGAUUAGUUGUCGCCAUGGCUUGGUUUGGUCAGUUCUCGGGUAACAAUGUCUGCUCAUAUUAUUUGCCUACAAUGUUGAUUAAAGUUGGUAUGACUUCCGUUUCAACAAAUGUGCUAAUGAAUGGUGUUUAUUCAAUCGUUAGUUGGAUUUCUUCUAUUUUGGGAUCCUUUGCUCACGAUAAAGUUGGCAGAAGAAAAAUGUUUAUGAUCUCAACUUUGGGAUCUGCCUUAGCCCUUACGGGUCUUGCUGUAUGUACUGCCAGGUAUGAGGCCACUCAGUCUGAUGGAGCUUCAAAAGGCACUUUGGUAUUCAUCUACUUGUUUGGAGUCAUCUUUUCCUUUGCCUUCACUCCUAUGCAGCCUAUCUAUCCAGGUGAAGUCUCUUCUAACUUGAUCAGAGGUAAGGCUCAAUUUGUUUUAAGUAUUGUAGCUGGUGUUGCUCAAUUUGUCAAUCAAUUUGCCUCUCCAAAGGCCAUGGAAAAUAUCAGAUACUGGUUCUACGUUUUCUAUGCUUUCUUUGAUAUCUUUGAGUUCAUCAUAAUUUACUUCUUCUUCGUUGAAACUAGAGGUAAGACAUUGGAAGAGUUAGAAUAUGUCUUUGAGGCCCCAAAUCCAAGAAAGGCUUCUACUGAUCCUGAAUUUCUCAGUAGUAUUAGAGUUGCUAGUGGCUUUGAGGCAGAAAACAUGAAAAACGAGCAUGACAUUAAAGCUACAGUCGACCAUCUAGAAGAAGGAGUGGAUUCUGAAUGA